AUGAGCAAGAACAUCUGGCAAAGCUACAGACACAAUCCGCGCUGGGCAGCUGUGGACGAGUACGCCUUGAAACAGACGCAUCCCCCGUCGCGGCCUAACACGAGGCCGCUUCAACAUGCAUUGAGCCUAUCCUCGGAGGCGGGUUUGCCAGACUACUCACUACCUGCGUGUCAUGCAAAGUUCCUAGCCCUGCACUGCCGUACAGCAUCGGUCCGGCACGCUUUGGAAGUAGGCACGCUUGGUGGGUACACGGCUAUCUGGCUGGCAAGCGAGAACCCACAGAUGACCGUUACUACGAUUGAGCAGGACUUUAGGAACGUUGUGGUAGCGCGUCAGAACAUCAAGUUAGCCGGACUGUCGGACUCGAUUGAGGUGGUCCACGGCUCUGGUAUUGACGUUUUGACAAAGUUGAGGGAUGAAGUUCGACAGGGAUUGCGACCUCGUUUUGGCUUCACUUUUAUUGAUGCCGACAAGGUGAACAACUGGAACUACUUAAAACUUGCAAAGGACAUGAUGGAGCCAAAAUCGGUUAUCUGUAUUGAUAAUAUUGUACGCGAUGGAUUCCUGGCGGAUUUGGACACUAGGGAUCCGUACAUAUUAGGAUGUCGGGAAGUCGUAGAAAAGGCAGCACAAGAGCCUGGUCUUGAUUCAGUCGUGCUGCAAACUGUGGGAGAGAAAGGUUACGAUGGUUGGUUGUGGGCUGUAGUUGAUUCUCCGUAA